AGAGAGAGUGUGUGUGUGUAGUUUCGCGGGUGAAAUAAAACCCCCAGUGCCCCACCCCCUGGAGUGUGUGUGUGUGUGUGUGUGAGCUUGAGAUAUCUUUGAGGAAGAGAAGGCACAGUGGCAGUCGCGCGAGCCGGUGACACACACACUCGGUCAUGGCCGUGCACAGAGGGAGCGCGCUGCUGCUGCUGCUGAAGCUCGCGCGCGGAGGAAGAGCGCACUUCAGGCGCGAGCUCAGCCCGGUACCGGCUCUGCUCUGUCGCGCGAGAUCCCUCUCCACUGCCGCUCCCAGCUCGCGCCUGGCCGGUAAGACGCACUCGGAGCUGCGCGAGCUCUCAGCCCGGGAACCGGAGCGCUUCUGGGACUGUGUUGCGCGCGAGAGGAUCGCGUGGAGUCGGGGAUUCGAGCGCGUGCAGGACUGCGAUCUGGCGCGCGGGAAGAUCGGCUGGUUCCUCGGUGGACAACUAAACGUUUCCGUAAACUGUCUGGAUGUACACGUGGCUAAAGAUCCGAAUCGAGUGGCUCUGAUCUGGGAGAAAGAUGAACCGGGGACGGAGGAGCGAGUCACGUACAGAGAGCUGCUGGAGAUGACCUGCCGGUUAGCCAACACGCUAAAGAGCCAUGGCGUGAGGAAAGGAGACCGCGUGGCCAUCUACAUGCCCGUGUGUCCCACGGCGGUGGCGGCCAUGUUGGCGUGUGCGAGGAUCGGAGCCGUUCACACUGUAGUGUUCGCUGGAUUCAGCUCCGACGCUCUGGCAGGCAGGAUUCAGGACGCUGAGUGUAAGGUGGUGCUCACGUGUAAUCAGGCUGUGAGAGGUGGACGUGUGAUCAAUCUGAAGGCGACAGUGGACGUGGCAGUGAAGUCCUGUCCCUCGGUGAAGAGCGUCCUCGUGGCUCACAGAACCAAUCACAGCGUGCCGAUGGGGGAACUGGACACGCCCCUGGAGGAGGCGAUGGCGAGGGAAUCACCUGUGUGUCCUCCGGAGCCCAUGGACAGUGAGGACAUGUUGUUUCUGCUCUACACGUCGGGCAGCACGGGGAAACCUAAAGGCAUCAUACACACUCAGGCUGGAUACCUGCUGUACACGGGUCUCACACACCAGUACGUGUUUGAUCACUGCCCCGGUGACGUGUUCGGCUGUGUUGCUGAUAUCGGAUGGAUCACUGGUCACAGCUACGUGGUGUACGGGCCGCUCGCUAACGGAGGAACCACCGUGCUGUUCGAGAGCACACCUGUGUAUCCAGAUCCAGGUCGGUACUGGGAAACGGUACAGCGGUUGAAGAUUAAUCAGUUUUAUGCUGCUCCUACGGCUCUCAGGCUGCUGCUGAAGUACGAGGAGAGCUGGGUGAAGAAGUACGACCGCUCGUCACUCAGAACCCUCGGCUCAGUUGGAGAACCCAUCAAUCAUGAGGCGUGGGAUUGGUUCUACAGCGUGGUGGGAGAAAGACGAUGCCCUCUGGUGGACACGUGGUGGCAGACAGAGACGGGCGGAGUGUGUAUCGCACCACGGCCUGCCGAACCCGGCGCUGAAAUACGACCCGCCAUGGCCAUGAGGCCUUUCUUUGGCAUUAAGCCUGCGUUACUGGACGAAAAGGGCCAGGUCCUGACAGAGAACGAUGUGAGCGGCGCUCUGUGUAUCGGCCAGCCGUGGCCCGGGAUGGCCAGAAGCAUUUUCGGAGAUCAUCAGAGAUUUGUAGAUGCAUACUUUAAACCCUUUCCUGGUUAUUAUUUCACGGGCGACGGAGCGCACCGGACAGCAGACGGAUAUUACCAGAUCACUGGACGGAUGGACGACGUCAUCAACAUCAGCGGCCAUCGUCUGGGCACAGCGGAGAUCGAGGACGCUCUGGACGAGCACCCGGACGUUCCCGAGACUGCCGUCGUCGGAAUUUCUCACGACGUUAAAGGAGAAGUUCCGUUUGCGUUUGUGGUUAUCAAGGAGAACGUGUCGGAGAACCAGGAGACUGUGGUGAAGGAACUGAGACAGCUGGUGGCCACCAAGAUCGCCAAAUACGCCGUGCCCGACCACUUCCUGGUGGUGAAGCGUCUCCCGAAGACUCGCUCGGGAAAGAUCAUGAGGAGAAUUCUGCGGAAGGUGGCCAUGGGGCAGGAGGACAGUCUCGGGGACAUCUCCACGCUGGACGACCCCUCUGUAGUGACCGAGCUCAUCAAGGCUCAUCAGCACUACAGGAACCGAGCGGCGAGGGCGUGACAUCACAGCGCACAGGAUGGGGGC